UUUAAUCUCCGCUGUCGCCGAUGCGGUCACGAUCCAGCUGUGCGUGUGUUUUGUAACCUACGAGGAAAUGUGUCAUAACUGGUCGAGCGGGAAGGGCGGUUACGUUAGCGAGCGUCUUUGUUAACUGACUGACUUUAACCCUCCUGUUAUAAUAAGGAGGGUUAAGCUAACGUUUUACAACACAUUAGCUACCAGAAUAUCCACUAACCGCCAGUACCCUCUGGCCUUUGUCCAAUCGUUGCUAUCCACGCUUCUACGUCACAGCGUUUGGCUCGGUGUGUGUCCGCGCAGGGAGCGUUUGUGGAGUGCGUUACUGGACACACUGAUAAGACAGCAGCGCCCGUUGAGCAAACUUAUAUCACAAUAUAGCAGCAUGCUUUAGGAUUUCGCCGUUGGUGUGCAGUAACAGUCCGGCUAAACAACAUAACAGACUGUACAUCUUAUGCGGAGGAGCUGACAACUGAGUUGAGGAACAUGUGGCUGCCCAUGAUUGGAAUGACCGCCCUGCCGCACCUCGGAGGCCUCUAUGGUGGUUACAUCACACGUAAAAAGGUGAAGACCUGGUACCCAACCCUACAGAAGCCAUCAUGGCGCCCACCAAAUGCAGCCUUCCCCAUAGUGUGGACCUGUCUCUACACGGGCAUGGGGUAUGGCUCCUACUUGGUGUGGAAAGAACUGGGAGGUUUUACUGAGGAUGCACUGGUUCCACUGGGACUCUAUGGGGCGCAGUUAGCACUGAACUGGGCCUGGACUCCCAUCUUCUUUGGUGCACAGAAGCUGAAAUGGGCACUCGUUGAGAUUAUUUUUCUCACUGGGACUGUCGGAGCAACUAUGGUGUCUUGGUAUUCCAUCAGCCGCACUGCAACUCUGCUCAUGGCACCCUACCUGUCCUGGCUGUGUCUCGCCACGUCUCUCAAUUACUGCAUAUGGAGAGACAACCCUGAGAAAAAGGAAGAGUAGGAGACAGUUGUGUGUACUUUGAAACAAACUACUUAAUUAUUGAAUCAUGAAUUUGAAUAUCCAUCUGAUAUUUUUGAAGGUUUGAUAUUUGACAGCUUGUGAAAGACCAAUCAUCGUCUUUAAAUUUGCAGAGUACUGUCCAAAAAUAUGAAAGAGAUGUGCUUUUUCUGAAGGAUAAUCUUUCAUGUUUGCAUUUACAAUGAAGAGUGUUGCGGUUACUGUAGCUGUAACAAUUAAAAUAAAGAUUUCUAUCCGA